CUAGUACCAACCUUUAUCUAUGAUUGAGCGCUGUGUUUAAGGCUUUUCGUGUUGUAAUUUAGCCGAGGUUAUAUUGUGCUUAUUUACUUUAUUAUUUUGUGUUAUAAUAUAUUAAAAUGUGGUUCCAAGAUAUCUUUUUUUUUCAGUUUCUUAUAGGCAGUGGCUAAGAAUUUUAAAGAAAGCCUAUGAAGAUCAACAUACAUACAUUUGUUGGUUUCGUGAAAGCUGUUAUGUGCUUCAGUUAUUGAAGAUCGCUGGUAUUUUCUGUGGAGGUUGCUACAAUUAUACGGUGCCAAAAUGAUGUACACAGGGACUUCUGCAGAGCAGGACAACAGGUUUAGCGAUAAAGAGAAAAAAUUGCUCAGACAAAUGAGGUUUGGAGACAAUCUCAGCAGAAAGGUUGACAUGUCUAAGGUAAAGCUAGAAGUAAUGAAACCAUGGAUAACACAAAGGAUUACAGAAAUAUUGGGAAUAGAAGAUGACGUGGUUGUGGAAUUUGUCUACAAUCAACUAGAAGAUGAAAAGUUCCCAGAUCCAAAAAAGAUGCAGAUUAACCUAACUGGUUUUUUAAAUGGAAAAAAUGCCAGAAUCUUCAUGUCAGAUUUAUGGAAUCUUCUCUUAUCAGCCCAAGAUUCAGUAAGCGGCAUUCCUGGGCAAUUUUUGGAACAGAAGAAGGAAGAAAUAAAAAAGAAGUUGGAAGAACAAGAUCGACUUCAAGAAGCUUUGAAAGUAAAACUAGAGAAAGGAAAGGAGAGGGAGGAGAAAGAUAGGAGACGUGACAGAGACAAGAAAAGCAGAUCCCGUGAUAAGGAGCAUCAUAGAGAUCGUGACAGAGAUAAAGAUAGGGAUAGGGACAGAGAGAAGGAAAAGGAUAAAGACAGAGAUAAAGAUCGAGAGGGCAAAGAUCGUGAAAAGGACAAAGAUCGUGAAAAGGACAAGGAUCGUGAAAAGGAUAAGGAUCGUGAAAAGGACAAGGAUCGUGAAAAGGACAAGGAUCGUGAAAAGGAAAAAGAUCGCGAAAAGGACAAAGAUCGUAACAGGGAGAAAGAUCGUGACAAGGAAAAAGAUCGAGACAGAGACAAAGGUAGAGACAGAGAUAAAGAUCGUGAUAAAGAAAAAGACCAUGACAGAGAAAAAGACAAAGAACGUAACAGAGAAAAAGGACGAUGGGAUAAUCGUGAAAGAGGUAAAGAAAAGAGUAAAGACAAAGAAUGUGAGAAGGAGAAGGAACGUAUCAGGGAACAUGGCAAAGAUGUGGAAAGUGAGCAACAUAAGGUUUCAGAAGCUGCCCCAAAGUCUCCAGAAAGGUCUCCUUCACCUGGAUUGCUGAAGGGCAGUUAUAAACCAUACACAAAAGAUGUUAAAGAAGGAUGCAAGAGUGCUGAACCAUCCUCUCCACGAAAUUCUCACAGGAAUGGAGGAAAGCCUUUGGAUACUGUUGUGUCACCACACGGUGAAUCAUCUGCUAGGAAACACCCGAGGACACAACGCUCACGGUCAAAUUCAGCAUCACGAUCAACUCGUUCAGGUUCUGUUUCCUCUAGUGCUUCUUCUGUUAGUGACUCUGUAAAGAAAAAACAAAAAAUAUCAUCAGAAAGAGCAAUCACGUCUAAGUCAGAAACAACACCUGCAAGCAAAUGCCGUCGAUCCAGAUCAAUAUCUAGUUCUUCUGGAAAAUGGAAACGAAGGUCCAAGUCUCCCUCAAAACCAAGAACAAAAGCUCGACGGUCGUAUAGUUCAAGUAGUCAUUCUUCUCAGAGUGAAUCUUCUGCGUCUGAACAUUCAGAUAAAGACUUGAGGGAGACAUGUGAUUUUGAAAUUCACAAGAAGGAAGAUAGUGUUCAGAAAAAACGACACUACCGCAGCAAUAGAGAUGACAGGUCUUCGGAUAGCUGUUCUAGCACUGAACGUGCUAAACAGCGAUACAGUUCAAAAAGCUAUCACAGACAAGAGGUAGCCCAUGUACGCACUAGAGAAAAGGAUGUUGAAGAAGAAAGAAGAAGUCGUUCCCACCGGUCGUUGGACAGGGAACGUGAAAGAGAGAGGAGUAAACAGAAGGAACGAGAUAGGGAAAGAUAUGAGCGACAAAGAGAACGUAAGCGAAUGAUGCCGCCACCUUCAGCACAUAGAAGCUCUGGCCGAAAGAGUCCUAGAAGAAGUCCAUACAAAGGCUCUUCACGGCGUUCUUCGUCUCCUCAACAGUCUCGCUCACCUGUUCAUUCAUCUAGUCGACAGAUCCAUUCUGGUCCAGCUCGCUCUGGCCACACUCAUGAGACUAUACCUCGUGAGUAUCACAGAUCAUCGUCUCGAGAUAAGCCAACACGUUUGCCACGUUCCAGGUCUCGCAGCUUAUCACCAAAACGUCUAAGGCAAAAGUAUUCACAAAGUUUGUCACGAACACCAUCUCCUUUCAAGAAGAGUGAAUAUGAGACUGAAGUUAGUGAAGAGAAGAAGAAAAGUAAUGAUAUAAGUGAGGUAAUGGAUUCUGAAGUUAUUGUGACCAGAGAAGAACUGAAGGCAAAAGAAAUUCCAGAUGUGUUGCCUCAGGAAAUCAAGAAAGUUGUUACAGAUGUUGGUAAAGAAAAUGACAACAGUUCCGAGUCUGAAGCUUCAGUAGGGCAGAGUACUAAAGAUUAUAAAACAAAAUCAAAGGCCAUAAAAAAUGCAAGCUCAGAUGAUGAAAUGAAAAAGAAAAAGAAGAAGAAAAAGCCAAAGGAAACUGGCAAUGAUUUAGAUGAGGCAUCUGAAAGUGAAACAUCUUUGAAAAAGAAGAAGAAAGAGAAAAAGCAUAAGAAACACAAAAAACACAAAAAGCGAAAGAAGCAGAAAAAACACAGGCAUGAAGAAAGUGAAGAAUCGGGUGAAAGCAACUCUGACGACGACGACGAAGAAGAAGAAGAUGAAGAAGAAGAGAAACUUCGAGAGAAAGCCCUAAAAUCCAUGAAACUGAAGAAGAAAAGGGCUGAAAGCAGUUAAAGUUGACAUAAGACCAGAUCCGUGAAAGUUUCACCGACUAAAAAGAACUGAAGAAAGAAGAAUGCAAGUAAAAAAAUUUGUGGGCAUAAAACUGUUUUAAUUUAAUUAUGCCUUUGAUAGUUAUGACAUCUGCCAUCAGAAGUGUAAUAGCGUUCUGUACUAGUGGUAAUCAAUGAAUUUCAUUGAAUACUAUAGAACUUGUAAAACUUGGUAAGAGAGAGUACCAUGCUGGGUUGAAAAGGAAGUGUUUGUUAUAAGACUUGUUUCAUGACUGGCCAUGACUAAGUUAUCCAUCUGUUUAGUUCAUUCAAAAUUAAUUUUUUCUCACAGUAUGCUGGGAACAAAGUUACAUUCCCACUCUGUUAAGUUAUUUUGUUACAUUAUGAAACUUUUGUGACACAUUUUAUUCAGUUAUUGAAUCUCGUCAUAAAAUUGGAAAAAAUUUCUUUUUACAAUAAUAAAAUUAAGUUGGAUUUUGGAUAUAUUGUAUGGUCAAAUCUCUGACAUGAGCAAAGAUAAUACAAAACACUAGUAUUCUUACAUAUCUAUUUCUUGGAAGAAAUAAAAUUUACUAUUCUUUGAGGUUAAGGAAAAAAAAUAUCACUGAAGAGGACUUGAAUAAAAAUACUGGUAAAAGUUUAUUUGGGCCAACGUAUGAAAAAAUGAAGAAGAAAUUUCUGUAAUACCAUUAAGUUUUGUCAGUUAAUUUACCCAUCUUUGCCUUAUAAGGGAAAAAGCAGAUACUUUUUGUGGUAAACUGCACAUUUCAAUGUGAUCUGUAGACAUUUAUUAAAUUCUAGAAUACUAAGUUCUUAUCUAAGUGUGAUAAUUUUGGCACCUUAAAUUUACACAAGUUUAUAUAUUAAAAACUUUAUUAUUACCAAAGGCAUUUCUUAGUCUUUUCAGGUUUGUAUUUAUGAGGUUUAUUAAAAUUUAUGAGGGUUGACCAUCACUUAAUGGUGCAUAUGUUUAUUUCAGCGGAAUGUGAUUGGACUAUUGUGGUAUUCCAUACCAAACAUAUGGACUGAUGCACAGACUUUAACAUUUUAGACCUUUAGAGAAAAAUCUCAUUUUGCAUAGCUUGCAGAUGCUAAUCUUAAGUAAAAAUAUGUGAUAAGGAAUAGGAAUUACAAAUAAUAUACAAUUUAUUUUAUGCCAUAUAUAAAUAUAAAACAGUACGUAGAAAUUUGUCAACUACAAAAUUAAUUGAUCUGUGCUUAUUAAAAUCUGUACAAACUUAAAAAAUGUAAUCCCAGCGGUACUGAUUGAGAAUAUUUGUACAUAUGCAUGCAGAUACAGUGUUUAUAUUUUUAAUUUCAAGUAGUAUUCUGUAUGCACAAGUAUAGUUGUUAAACUUAUUUUUUUUUUUAAUAUGUCUUACAUUUUCAGACAUGAUUAGAAAUUUACUUCUGGUACUGCUAAUGUAGUCAUGUUGUAUUUCAGUGUUGCUAUUGGAGAUAGUAAUUUGUGUGUUUAGUUAACCCACACAUUUUGUUGUUUAAAUAAACAUUCUUAAUGUCUUUUAAAAAUGUUAAUGCAACCUGAGUUAUUAAAUUUAACUCUUUUUGAAGCCCUGCUCAAUUCAUUUUGAAUUAAGAUUCAAAAUUUUUAUUUCUAAUAAAGUGUGUGAUAUCAUCCCAAGUUCAUUUUAAAUAAAUGAUCUAUUCAGCAAGCAUUACAGUAAAUGCAUUCUUGAGCUAGCUACAUUUUUUUAACAGUUGUUACCCUUCGUUGCUAAUAUUUAAUAAAUGAUCCUAGAAUUAAUUAGUGAAGGGCUUGAUUAAAGAUGUCAGGAAAACUUAAUGACAAAAAUUAUUCAUGAAACAAGCAUGUAUUUGUCUCAAAGAAAAUAAAUUUAUUACAUUAAUGUCAAGAAUGUCAGAAUAUUAAAAUGGUGAUAUAUACUUGUAUUAAUAAUGUAUAUAAUGCCUCCCUCUGAAUAAAGAAGAAAGUAAAAAGGUUUUGACAGUUUUGGUAGUUAACAAUUGUUCCAGCAUGUAAUUUAAACCUCGUUUAUGCUUUUUGAACCAUUAUGUUUUACUAGUAUUGUUCACUUUUUAGUAUUUACUAGUUACUGUUACUAUUUUCAAAUGUCUCAACUUAAGAAUGUUUCCCUAUGCUGCUAGGAACUCAUGUAUACAGAAUUUUGAUAAGUCAAACAGUAUUAUAUGAUAUGUAAUAUGAUACAAAUUUUUUCCUUACAAAAGUUUAUAAAUUUUUAAAAUUAAUCGUUCAACAAAAGCAUUGUGUGUCAACUUUUGCUGUACUUUACAUAGAAUAUUUAUUGUCAAUUUUUUGCAACUGUAAUUGUACACUAACACACAUGUACCUUUGUGCACCUGGUACAUUGUCCAUGCCCAUUUGUUGGUCCACUGUUUCAUGGAGUCCCCAAGACUAUGUCAUUAUCCGGGGCUGAUGAAAUGCCCUCCCAGGCAUGGUUCUGAAAUCUUUGGGUGACUCACUGACCGCCCGUGGUGAACACGACCAACAGUAAAUCACCUCCUGGCUGCACCCAUGUAGGGCAUCGUAAACCAUAGAAGUAGAACCAUCCUAAUGCCCUGGUUAGGAAUUAGGCACCACAGACAGUUCAGUCUAUCUUAAUUGAGAUACUAAUGAAUCAAGAAGUUUUAUAUUUGACAAAUUGGGCACAAGGUACAAACCAAUAUUAGUAUAUAACAGGUUUGCAAAAAAUUAAAAGCAAGUGUUGAAUAUAAUGACUAACACUGUCACCCCAAUUCGCUAAUCAUUCAGUACAUAUGAAAAGAUCACAAGGAAUUUAACUCUUGUAAUAUGUUUAUAAUUUGACAGCAACCCAACCACACACAUGAUAUAACAGCAGUUUUGAAAUUUUUAUCACCUAAAAUAAUUGAGUUACUCUGUUCAUUUAUACCAAACAUGCUUGAAAAUUUUUACUAUUAAAACCAUAAAAAAUCAAACAAAGGUUGUGUGUGGAGUGCCUGCAAAUCCAAGGCAUUUCUUGGCUUUUUAAAAAAUAUGAUGUUAAUAAACAUUGGUUUUAUAUUUUCAAUUUUAUAUUUAACUUUUGAAUUGGUCACUCUUAUAACAUACUUUCUAAUUUAUUUUGUAGUUUGGCUAGGGGAAAGAGAUGGUUUGUCACUUUACGUGGUUUAACACAGGGACGGUAGGUGUUCUGAUGUUCUUGAUCAAUAAUGUAAUUAACAACAGAAAUAGAAACAACAAACAUAGAAGUGCUUAUUUCAGUGAAGAUUGAACCAUGUGUUUACUAACUUUGUCAGAAAAAAAGGUGGCAUAUCUGCUUGUCUACAUUGAUUUCGGAGGAAAAUGUUCAUAAAUUCAUAUUAAAGUGGUCAAUAUCAAGAACAAUUGGUAAACAUAAAGUUUUUUAUGUUAAUGUGUCAUUUCAUAGGUGUAGGCAAACUUAGGUAAAGGUGGCUCAUCAUACAAGUAUUUAUUAUUUACUUAAGUGAAACUUCAUUUUUUUGUGUUAUUUAUUUUUACUUAAUGUUUUAAACAGUUUAUGGAAAACUUUCAGUUUUUUUAUUUUGAGGUAUGUUUGCUGAAAUGCUUAAAGAGAUACCAAUUAAAUGUAGCAUUUUUGUUGUAGUUAAAAUUAUAUUUGAUUUGUGUAUAAAGUAUGGUUAUUCAUGUUGUCUUAACGUUGAGAAUAGUUGUACUAAUUAGAGCUAAUAGACAUAAAUGGGCCAGUGGCGGGCAAGAAACUCCAUGCAUGGAGAGCUCCUUGGACUGUUAUUGUCUAGAAUGCUUUCUUCGCCAUAACUGCCUUGCAUUCCUCAUCUCACCUUUGAAAGGAAGGCAUUUCAAAUGGCACCUUAUUACCACUUUUAAGCUUGUUUAUUUCAUCUUCCUUUACGUCAUCCACUAAAGGGUUGUAUUCGUUCAUGUGGUAAGUAGGUGCUUAAACGGCUUUCAUUACUGGCUUUGUAAUCUUACCUGCUUCUGGUUAGCCUUACUUAGCUCACAAACCGAAGAGAGUGAGUCACUACCGUCUCGUCUGACUACAACUGCCACAUAUUUAUCUUUGCCAGGUGGUGUGGAAUGUUGAACUGUUGCAUGCUUGUAAUGUUCUCAUGCAGCACUGUAUUAACCAUUAUUUGAAGUUGUGUCUAGGGUAUGUUUCUUUACAAUAAAGAAUAAAUGAUUUAAGAGUUUAAUUUUACUCAUAAAUUUAUACGUGAGUAAAAUAUAAGUGCCUGAAAUUAGGUUUUUCAUUUAAACAUUAAUAAUUUUUCACAAUCUGAAAUAAAGUAAUGAAUAUUGUUACUAAAAAGUGGUUAUAGCUCUUGUGAUUAUUCUCAAUAUAAAAUAUGAUUUUUUUUAUUGUAGAAAUAGUGUAGGUUUUAUCCUCAAAUUUUAAAAUACUUGAUUUUUCAUUCAGUUUUAUUUCAAGUGACUGCUCACAUAAUUGCCAUAAAAAAUUAAUUUAGAGAUAUAAAAAUGUAAGGUAUUUUGAAAAAUGUUAAAAUUUUAGUACAUGCAAAUAUUCCAUUUGGUUUUAUCAACAACAAAAUUCAUUUCAUCUUGACAAGCAUUGGAAAAUUCCCAAAUAUUAUGAUAACAACGAAGUAGAGAAAAAGAAGUUGUUGGUUGACAAUUUAGAAGUUAUAUCUGUUACUAGUGUGAAAUGUAUUAUAAGACAAAUACUUUUUAGUAAUAUUCAGAUUUUCUAAGGGCUUUGCUAUGAGUCAAAAUUAUAAAAAUCUUUUAAAAAUGUUUAUAGUUGGUUUAAGUCAGUGAAUGACUGUAAUGAAAUCUGUCAUGUCAAAAUUUUUCAAUUUAUUUAGUUACAUUGUUAUUUGUUUUACUUGAUAUUUUCUUGAAAUGUGUUGAAUGAGAGUGAAUUUAAAUUUCAAAAAAAGUUGUAGUUUUAUGUGAAUUCUUGAAAAGAAAUAUGGAUGUAAAUGUUUUGCAAUUUCUUUGUAUCGGUUGUAAAACUAAUUUUGUAUGCUGUUAAUUACUUCUUUCACAGAAAUACAACUGUGUAAAUAUUUAUCUU